AUGGAUAGCACGUUAGCGAGCUCAAGCUCACGCAAGGAUCUGGAAGUUUCUGCGUCGAAGCAGGCCUUGUUUUUCAACUACCACGAGUUUUCCGUUACCAGAUAUAUAGAUAUUGGUGACACGCAAGAAACCGAGCACACUGACGACCAAGCGCUGUGUAUAACGCAUUUUCCGAAUGUCUAUUGUGCUCUUGGAUCCUUGCAGUUCCGGGAAACACGGCUGGUCCGGAUUCCUCGUAGAUUUGAGUUCCAUGUGGACAUCCCAGAGUUUUCCACGCAAUUACCGGGCCAGGAGCCUGCCGCGCUUGUGAACAGCGCAACUAACAAGAGAUUUGUCGCGCGUGGGAUAUACCAGGGCCAGGUCUACGGACUAUCUUCGGUUAGCCCGCUGAGCGGGCAUCUGAGCGACGCUGAGUUUCAAGAGAUUGUCGAAACAGUGAAUGCGUUUCUGCGCCAGGCCUACACUUGCACGUCUAAACAGAACUUUGUCAAUGCCGUUUUAGACACCCUUACUUUCCACCUGUGGAACGUCAUGGCGAUCCGAAUGUUCAAAAGUCCAUUGCUGGCACUCGAAGACUACGUGAGAGUGCUGAACGCUUCUCCCUGGUUUUAUGAGCGGAAACUGCGACUCAUCUCGCCCAGAAGGUCGGGAUAUCUUUCGGUAUGUUAA